AUGCUGAACAGGAUCCUGUUCGUGUUUCUGUCUCUCAGCCUGUACAGCUCAGCCUCCUCACUGAGCUGCAGGUGGAUGGAGCACAGGUUCAGACAUUUCAGUGAAAAGACUUUUAAACUACUGGAUACAAUGGCUAAUAACUCCACUAACACCACUGAGGAUGCUGAAGUGGAGGACACUGUGGCCUUCCCUGAUCAUCUGUACAACCAGGCGUCCAAAGCUUCAGCUGAGGACAAACUGUUUUUCAUGGCUCAGGUUCUGGAGGAGAUAGUUUCUCUGUUUGAGGAGGAUCACAGCGCUGCAUCAUGGGAAGAGGUCACAGUGGAGAAGUUCCUCAUUCUUCUGAGCCGCCAGGCUGACGGCCUCCGCUCCUGUAUUGGGAGCCACGGCCACAAGAAGAAAAGCAAGAAGCUGCACCUGUACUUCCAUAGACUCCUCCACCAUGUCCUGGAGAGGAUGGAGUACAGUGCUGAAGCCUGGGAAAUGAUCAGGAUGGAGAUGAAAACCCAUCUGAUGAGAGCAGAGAUAGAGCUGGCUGCACCUCUGCUCAACAACUAAUACAUGCAGUCUAUUUA